GGUUGUGAUUGAGGCAAGAAUCACCUGUAUUCUGGCAUUCAUGGUGACACACCCAUGGGGUCAGACGGCUGGAGAUGCACAAGAGACAGAUGCAAAUGCACCAGGAAGCCGCGGCCAGUGUCCUCCAAUCACAGCACAGGAUGGGGAAUAUGCCCACCAACGCCUCCAAUGCCUGUUGUUUCUGCUGGUGUUGCUGCUGCAGCUGCUCCUGUCUGACUGUUAUGACAGAGGAUGAGAGGAUUCAAAGAAGCACCUAUGAGAGGAGGGCAGAGGGAAUCGCAAACUGUGAUGACAGCCCCAAGCCUACUCUGGAGGAUGCGACAAUAUGGACCAUGUCGUUUGAGAGGCUGAUGAAGAGCCCCGCAGGGCGGGGCUGCUUCCGACAGUUCCUCAGGACAGAGUUUAGUGAAGAGAACAUGAUGUUCUGGUUGGCCUGCGAAGAGCUCAAAAAGGAGACCAACAAAACUGUGGUGGAGGAGAAAGUACGACAGAUCUAUGAGGACUUCAUUUCUAUCCUCUCCCCUAAAGAGGUGAGUUUGGACUCACGUGUUCGAGACGUGAUCAACAAGAACAUGCUGGAGCCCACGUCCCACACGUUUGAAGAUGCCCAGCAGCAGAUCUACACGCUGAUGCAGAGAGACUCAUACCCACGCUACAUGAACUCGACAGCGUAUGCCGAAUUACUGCAGGGCCUGGAAGAACCACCACCUGCCACAGAGCCAUAGACUUCCAUUCUCCGUCAAUCACUCUACACAUUGCUCUUAGAUGACACUUGUGUAUCUUAGGUCCAGCUUUCAGUUACAGUUCACAUGUUGAUUGAUCAAUAGGCUCUAUUUACAAAAAUGGCGAUAUUAAGGUGUAACUACUGUGUGCUACUUUAAAUAUUGGCUUUCCAAAAUCCUCAAAGCGAGCAAGAACAUACGCUGUAUUCAAAUUCAGAUUUCAAGAUGUUUCCAAAUAUAUUUAUAUUUUUAUAUUGCCUAGCACUUCACAUUGCACUUUUCUAUAGUUUUAUGAGGGGAAAGCAUGUUGUAUCUGUUAGCACUGCAUUUGUGUGUAGUUCUAUUGUCAGACUUAAAUCAUUUUCAGUUAUUUUUCUAAUUUCACUUAAUAUUAAGAAGACAUGGGAAAGUGCCUUGGCAUUAGAUCAUUUACCACUACACCUUCAACAUACAGUACCAGUCAAUAGUUUGGGAACACCUACUCAUUCCAUGGUUUUU